GUUAGCAAACAGGGGUUUCCUGCGCUACCAAUCUGUGCAGCUGAAGUAAGAGCAAGAAAGCGUGCUUUGCAGUUGCGUUAAGGUGGACUCUAUUUAAACACAAACAAAAACCUUAAACCCUUAUUUUUCCAUCCAAAUAUUUUUCUCGAGAAAAUGAACCAGAAAGCUCUACGGACACAACUUUCUGCUAGAGGACAUUUCAUUUCAUUGAGGACUGUUAGACUAUUAAUCAGCGUUUUGUGCCUCAAUUUUAUGGAAGGGCUGGAUCUGCACGCUUGUGAGUCUAUCUAUAUUAGAUAGCAAAGGAAACAAUUUACCUGGUGAAUAAAUUUGUUUUUUCCAUCCAGAUAAUGUGCUCUCUACCUUUGCACAGAAUUCUUGAAUGAUAUAAGAAAAUGUCUGGGUGCAAAAGGCCUCCUCAAAGUGAUAGACCUUCAAUUACAUACAGGUGGAACCAAGUUGAGGAGGCAUCUUUUGACCUUACUGAUUUUUUCCCUGAGCAGAAUUCCUCUACACACUCUCAGAAAAAAAAGCAAAGUAGCAUAAAUACUGAACUGAAGCACCCUGAGAUACUGAGCACAACGGAGCUCAUCUCAGCAGCGGGGCAGUUAUGGAGUCUUAUAAAUCCUCUUCCUACUUCCAAGUCAGAGGCAAAACCAAAUUAUACUGGUACUGGAUCUCAGAGAAGUAUUAUCUUUGGUGAUCUGGUUAGGGAAGAUGGUGGGGCUGCUUUAAAAGAUGUUGAUUCUAGAUACUCUGGUGUUGAUGCAAGGACUGCUAGUAAUAUUAAACCUUCACUGCAGCCAAAGUUUGAGUUUCUUACAGUGACACAGAAGUUGUCGGUGUUUGAACCUUGUAGGAGGAAUUGUAAUCCAUUAUUUUCACAGUUUUCAAAGGGAAAUACCAAAUUGUCUAAUGAGUAUUGGGUAAGAAAAAGGCUAGCAAAUGUAGCAUGUUCAUAUGAAGUGGAAACGAUAUAUGGAUGGAUGAAAGAAAUAAUUCCUGGUGAAUCACAGUAUCCUGUUAAUAUCACUAAGAUUGAGGAAGAGAAUCUCAAUAAAAUCUGCAGUUCAGGAAAUACAUUCAACAAUGCUGACGGCUACAUUUCUAUGGAUGCAACUCAUACUGCAAUUAACUUUGCUUUGAGGAAUGCUGAUUGCUGUACUGAUUCAGUCAAAUCAAAAGAUACAACACUAGGUGAUAAUAUGGAAGUAGAAAUGGAGACAGGAGCAGUCAGGUCCCUCUGCUCUGAUUAUUUCCUUGGAUCUCUUCAUGAUAAUAAUGUACAUAAUAGUGUUUCCAAGAUGCCAACUUCUAGUCUUUAUGUAGAUUAUCAUCUUCAGAUUUUAGCUCCACAGAAUAAUACAUAUGGAGAAUUCAAGCACCACACUAAUGAUAAUCAAAUGGCUGAGACAAGAAAACAACCUAAAGAGUUUGUUUAUGGGGACAAAAAUGUAAUGGAGGUUUGUCCAUCAGCAUGUGCAAGACCACAUUAUGCCCUUGCAAAGCAAGAGCAUGCCUAUGCAGGUGCAUUUGCUGGCAUAUUCGUUAGCCUUUGUCUACAUCCUGUUGAUACAAUAAAGACAGUUACUCAAUCUUGUCGAUCAGAGCAGAAGUCUAUCUGUGACAUUGGAAGGUUAAUUGUUUCUGAAAGAGGUGUAACUGGGCUUUACCGUGGAAUUGCAAGCAAUAUUGCAUCUUCAGCUCCAAUUUCUGCGAUUUACACUUUCACAUAUGAAACAGCUAAAGGAUCUUUGCUUCCUCUUUUCUCCAAGGAAUAUCACUCUCUUGCCCAUUGUGUUGCAGGCGGAUGCGCGAGCAUUGCAACUUCUUUUGUUUUCACCCCCAGUGAGCGUAUAAAGCAGCAGAUGCAAAUUGGUUCACGCUAUCAUAACUGCUGGAAUGCCCUGAUUGGGAUAAUUGGAAAGGGUGGUUUACCUUCACUAUAUGCUGGCUGGGGUGCUGUGCUAUGCCGGAAUGUUCCACACUCGAUCAUAAAGUUUUACACAUAUGAAAGCUUGAAGCAGUUGAUGUUGUCUCCACAAAAUCCGAAUGCUCAACCCAACACAUUACAAACACUGGUUUGUGGAGGAUUAGCAGGAUCCACUGCUGCUUUGUUCACAACUCCUUUUGAUGUGGUGAAGACUAGACUACAGAUACAGAUUCCUGGUUCGAUGAGCCAAUAUGACAGUGUAUUUCAUGCCCUUAAAGAAAUAGGCAAGAAGGAAGGUUUGAAGGGCCUCUACAGGGGAUUAAUUCCAAGAUUGGUUAUGUAUGUGUCGCAAGGAGCAUUGUUCUUUGCAUCAUAUGAAUUUUUCAAGAGGUUAUUUUCUUUAGAAGUUGCACAAUUUAGUUCUCGAAGGAUUCAGUACAAAGAAAGCCGUGGAAGAUGAUCCAACACAAUUGCAAUUGCCAUCAUGUUCGGCAUCACAGGCAUCUUGAUCCUCACCUAUCACCAUUGCGAAGGUUGCAUGGGGUGCCGUCAUGAUUAUGAGCAAUAAAAUUUAGGCCCUGUUUGGGAAGUUCUGUAGAGGGAAAGGAAAAUAGAGAGUUUUCCUCUUGUAAUUUGUUGAAACUGUGUCGUUUCUUCUUUUAUUCUCUUUCCAUUGUAAUAGAGCUGAGUUGGAAUUUUGUAAUUGGGUUAUUUGCACAAGAUGUGCACGUGCACUUGUCUUUGUCUGCUACAUAAAGAAGCAAGAUGCUUCCAGAUUUUUAUUGUAACGUCUUUUUCAUUUCUGAAAUAAGAAUUCAAAGUUUUUUUC